AUGGCUGUGAAUAUCCCAGGUGUGGUAGCGAUGGUGUUUUUCUACCUGCUGGUCCUUGGCACCGGCAUCUGGGCUUCUUUCAAGUCCAAAAGGGUGCAGAAGAAAAAUGCAGCCACUGGAAUGGAGAUGGCCCUGCUGGGAAAUCGGGGCAUCAACUUUGUGGUUGGGAUCUUCACAAUGACGGCUACGUGGGUUGGAGGAGGCUUCAUCGUUGGCAUAACUGAAAUGAUGUACACACCGUCUAUGGGACUGACCUGGGCACUGAUUUUGUUGUCAGCCUACAGUACAUCUUUCAUUCUUGGUGGCCUGAUGUUUGCCAAACCAAUGAGAGACAGAAAAUAUAUGACGAUGCUUGACCCUUUCCAGAUCAAAUACGGAAAAGGACUAACAGCUGUCCUGUGUCUGGUUUCAUUUCUCACUGAUGUGACCUCGGUGACCUCAACACUAGUUGGUCUAGGAGCAACCAUGAGUGUGAUCUUGAAUUUGUCCUACACUGUGAGCAUCUGGAUCUCUGCUGCUGUUGCCAUCACCUACACACUGUUGGGAGGUCUCUACUCUGUGGCCUACACAGAUGUUAUACAGCUUGUCCUCAUACUAGUUGGCUUGUUCAUCUGUGUUCCCUUUGUCAUGAUGAAUCCUUCCUCAUUGAGCAUCAGUGAGACUCUGAUGAACAAUACCUUACAUGCUCCCUGGAUUGGUUCACUGCAGCUGGAAAGUACCUGGAUAAUAAUUGAUGACUUCAUAUUUUGGGCUCUGGGCUCUCUGGGAUAUCAGUGUGUCCACCAGAGAAUCUUGUCAUCUUCUUCCUCAGCCACAGCCAAGCUUGCAUGCAUCGUUGCAGCUUUCCUGAUUGCUCUGCUUGGGGUGCCUCCUAUUCUGAUUGGGGCUGUCGCCUCAUCCACAGACUGGAACCUGACCUCCUAUGGUUCUCCAUCUCCAUAUGAACGUGGGGAAGCAGCUCUCAUCCUGCCCAUCGCCCUGCAGCACCUUACGCCACAGUUUGUCGCCAUCAUUGGUAUCGGAUGUGUGGCGGCCGCCGCAAUGUCAUCAACUGACUCACCUUUGCUUUCUGCAGCUUCUGUUUUCACCUCCAACAUAUACAAGGACAUCUUGAGACCUCAGGCAUCUGAAACAGAGAUUCUGUGGUUGGUCCGUGGUGCUGUGGUUGUUGUGGGUCUGGUUGCUACAUCACUGACCAGUCUGAAUAACAGCGUAAUCAUUUUCUGGAGGCUUGGUGCUGAAGGGGCCUACAUCAUAUUCUUCCCUCAACUCGUCUGUGUCCUCUUCUUUAACAUCUCCAACGGUUACGGAGCUAUUCUAGGUGGUCUGGCAGGAUUGGGGUUAAGACUGCUAGUUGGAGACCCAACACUUGGACUGCCAGUUGUCCUACAUUUCCCAGGAUGCACUCUUGAGGACGGUGUGUAUGUACAGUACUCUCCAGUUAAGAUCAUCUCCAUGGCAUCUGCCAUUGGGUUCAUCUUGUUGUUCUCCUACCUGGCGUCUGUGCUCUUCAACAAAAACCUGCUUCCUGAGAAGCUGGAUGUGUUCAAAGUGAAAGUCCAGCACUCACCUGAACCAACGACACCUGCAGGUGAUGCCCCAGAACACAAUGAUAAUGAGACACCAGCAUCAGAGCCAAUGAUUAGCACAAACUGUUAGCAUUCCUGUGUAGCCUGUAAUGUUUACUUUUGUUUUCAUUUAGGUGUCUUUGACUUUUCUAUGGGAAAAUGUUAUUGGGCUUAUAGGGGAGUAUUUUUGUUGAGGUACCGCAGUACCUGGCCAGAGGGGCACAUUGGCAGUAUGGUUUCAUGACUAUUCAAAG